AAGCACCUGUUGGUACAUUCAUCCACAAAAUCCAAUGUUUUAAAAAACAUAAUAAUGCAUUAGUAUGAAGUAUUGAUAUGGAAUGGUGGAUUCUGAAGAUGACUUCCCGCUCUUUCUGUAAUUUCUUUUGAUUUUACAAAGUGCUGACCUCCUUAUAACAUUAUUGCAUAGAAUAUUUUCCGUUCCGCGUUUUAGCAACACCCAGUAAAGACGGGUCCAUACCACCCGCUGAUAUCUCCCAAACCCCAAAAAGUGACACAUUAUACAGUAAAAUAAAAUGUAACGGAGUAAAAUGUCAUGGUUGGAGAAAGUUAGAAAAACAUAUGUCAAAAAGUUUACAGAACAGAAGCCUCAGGUAAACGACAUUACUAUACGCACGAGUAGUGACACGUUACUAAUUCUAAUUAAUGGGAACACUAAAUUUGUUAAAUCAAAUCGCCGUCGAAAAUUUGUUUACGGAAGUUGGUGUCACAAGACCAGUACUAACGAAUUGGUUUUCUUCAUGUGAGGAGGCCCGAUUAAUGUUAACAACGAGAAACAUACACAAAAUGCCAUAAUAUUGUCUUAAAACGCGAACCCUUUUGCGGAAAUUUCAUGUUUAACAUGGUCUAACAAUGUAUAAGCAACACCGAACCAGAACCGCGUUCUUCUGACAAAAUGUCCCUUUGUCACGUGCAGGACCUGUAACUUGUUUAAACUGUCAAAAAUCUCAGUCUAAAUGAUUUUCAAACCGCAGGAUAUGGAAUUUUCAACAACAUGAACAAAAACGCUGUGAAAACUAUUCAAAUCAUCCGAUUUACAAGGAAUGCAGAAAUGCAUGACCGAUAAUCAGAUUGAAAACAAAUUGCGCUGAAAUUAACAGUGUUUAUCAGUCACCUGUCAACAAACAAUGAUGAGUAACAGAAGUUUGGCCGCACUUCUACUCUCCUUGCAAAUUCUGAAAUGUUUGACACAGAAUAUAAUCAACACUUCAGACGGGAGGAUUAUGGGUAUAUCGGACCCGUUUAUGACGUCAUUUCUAGGUAUACGUUACGCUCAGGCUCCGGUAAAAACUCGACGGUUUGCGCCGCCCAUCGCGGUACGAGCGUGGAACGGAACGUACCGAGCAGUUGAGUACGGCCCCAUAUGCAUUCAACCUAGGGAUAUUUUAGUACAAAAGUAUUUAAACGACCUGAAAGCAAGUGAGGAUUGCUUAAAUAUGAAUAUUUUCGUUCCAAGGGAUAAGACAAAAUAUCCAGUGCUUAUUUAUGUUCAUUCUGGACAGUUUCAAUACGGCGCCGGGGCCAUGAUAAAUGGAACCCUCCUGGCCCUGGAAACGGAGUCCAUUGUGGUGACAAUUAAUUAUCGUCUGGGAAUUCUUGGAUUUGCUUCAUUUCCGUCCCUUUCUGGGAAUUUUGGACUACAAGACCAAAUUCUGGCCAUCAGGUGGGUCAAUAAGAAUAUCGCUGCUUUUGGGGGCGACAAAGACAAUGUUGCCAUUUUAGCGGACUCUGUUAACGCCAAGAUACUUCGAUAUUCAAGUAAACUGGUAGGAGCAUUUUCCAAAAUAAUCUCUCUUCCAUUUGACAUUCCAUUUCCUCCUCAGAACCUAUACUCAAUGAACAUUUACCUCAGCCAUACGAACUUAAAUUCUGUUUGCAAUGGAUCCAUUUCAUUGACGUGUCUUCGUAGAGUUGACUCGGGUAUCCUACAUAAUUUGACUUCACAUCAAUCCCCAUGGACCCUACCUCCAUUUCGACCAGUAGAAGAUGGUGAUGUUGUGAAGGGCAGUGACCAGUUUAGUAGUCAAGACAACAGGCAUAUUGAGCAAAUUCACCUGAAUGUAGUGGGGCCUUCCUAUAUUUACAGAAAAACGUCAGUCGUAGUUCAACAGAGACAAUACCAAUGCUCGGAAGAUAUUCUUAAAAAUGUUAUCCAAAUGGUCUCGACUAUGACGUCAUCCAACACAAGCACCUUGCUGGAAACAUUUUACUUCCCUGACGACGUAACACCCAAUAGUAUCUGUGACAAAGUACUACGCCUACUGUACGACUACGCUUCAGUAUCGUCCUUAAACGAUAUGAACCGCGCCAGUAAAUCUGCCCUAGUAUACAUGGCUUUGCUGGAGCCCUACUACGUCCUACAGAGUGGAACCAGUGACCCUUUAUGUGUGUUUAAAGGAUGGGGCGAGAGUUGUGAUUUAACAACAGCUGGAUUUGUCUUGCCCAUUGUAAAAAACUUCCUGCAACAUGGUUAUCCCAGUUUAGAUAACCAGAUUAAGUGGCAUCCGUACACAGUCCAAAGCAAGAAUCACCUGAUAUUUAACGGUUACAAAUCAACCGCAGCCAACAAGAGCAGAUGGCCACUGAUACGACAAGAGAAUUUAUGGUACCGGUUGGUGCCAGCGUUUAAGAAGGGCAGAGACAUACCUAGUAUACCUUGCCAAUGUUUGGUAUCCAGAACAGAGUGGGGAAUGUCUGAUGAACAGUUGGAAAUUUUGUUGUACAGUCUCGUCUUCUACAGUCUGUUUCUGACCUUUGUUUCGCUGACCUUGAUCCGAAUUCUGUGUCACGUAAACAAAACAGCAGUAAAGGAAACAAGAACUGACACUAAUCGGAGGAAAAGCAGUAUAUCCAGCUGUGGUCAGUAUAAUCAGCGGGAAGGUAGUACGUCCAGCUGUGGUCAGUAUAAUCGGCGGGAAGGCAGCACGUCCAGCGGUGGUCAGUAUAAUCGACGGGAAGCCAGCACGUCCAGCGGCGGUCACUAUAAUGGUGCCUGUAAGGGUGAUGUGGAGGACUCACAGUUCUAGAUAGAAAUUUUAUUAUUCUAGAUCUCUGAGCCAGUGAGUCUAGAUAGAAAUUCUAUUAUUCUAGAUUUCUGAGCCAGUGGAUUUAGAUCAAAACUUGUUUUAAUUUGAGGGUAGCUUUGUAGUGGCACUUGUAGGGAUACUUUUUAUUGAAUAAAUUUUGCACUCUU